AUGACGGACGGCUGUAAUCAAACAGGGGAGCCAUCAUCUGGACCGGCAAAACCACCAACCGUUGAACAUACUGCACAACCAUGGCAGGUACUCGGUCGCUUUCUGGCGUUUCAAAGUCCGAAUCACAAGCUGUGGUGGGACAAGAUGGCUCCCAUUAUCGGGUCUCACUUGAAAGGCACCGAUUAUAGUACCAGCGCUCAAUAUCAACACCUGUUGAUGGUCCAUUCCAAAAUCCUGCCAACCCUCGGCCCGUUUCCAAACCCGGAUAGAACUAAUCUAAUAUGGCCUUCCUGCCUACCGGGGGGUGGAGAGCCAUGGGAAAUCAGUGUCAACUACCAACAAGGGUCAAAGUCCUGUUUUCGAGUGACGGUUGAGCCAAUUGGCCCUAAUGCCGGAACGGAGCGAGAUCCUCUCAACGAGACCAGCGCCAGACAACUUCUGAACGAACUGAGUCGGCUUCAACCCAAUAUUGACUUUGGACUGUUCAACUACUUCGAUGAUGCCAUUACAUUAUCGAACCGUGACGCCCGCAAGUACUGGGAUUCUCUAAGUCAGCACUGGGAUGCUUUGGGGCAGCACCGGGACAAGCCCCAGAAAGUCAUUGCCCUCGAUCUCCAUGAAGGGGGUUCCUUUACAGUGAAACCAUACUUCAUUUCAAUGGUCCGAUCGAUCGCGACUGGGGUUGGCCCUGUCAAAAUCAUGUUGGACUCAGCAAAGUCCUACUGGAAGGCCAGCCCGCUGGCUACCGGCCUGUCCAUGGUGGAUGACUAUCUGGCUGCAACCAAGCAUCCGCUCCUGGAAUCUAAGAGCUUUCUCUCCGUUGACUGCAAAGACCCUAAGAUAUCCAGAGUCAAAAUUUACACCGGGGCCAAUAUAACAUCAUUGGAUGUCGUGUAUGAUUUUUGGUCGUUAGGAGGCUGUCUCCAGGGAAAUGCAAUCAAUGCAGGCUUUGAAAUAGUCAAAAGAGCAUGGGAAACAGUGUUCCCAAAACUAAUGCCAAAUGGAAAGGCAAGAGAGUACAUGACGUUCUGUUGGAAUUGGGAAGUGUCACCGUCCCACCCUGAUCCUGUUCCAAAAGCAUACUUUCUGCUUUCCGAUGACUAUGACAAGCACGUAACCGACGUUGUGGUUGCACUCUUCAAGGAUCUUGGGUGGGAUAGUCAUAUCGCGAGACACAAGAGGUUACAGGAAGAGGCAUGCCUGGAAUAUGAUUUCGAGACCGGAAGCCGGGUCUAUACCUGGAUUGCCAUCGCAUUUUCAGAGAAAACUGGUCCUUAUAUCACCGUUUACGGCAAUUUUGCGGCAGCAUUUUAG